GGACCAGUCAACCUCCUCGUUGUAUGUGUGUAAAGAAUCAUCAUUUUAAUUCCUCUCUCUCUCUCUCUCUCUCCUUUGGUCGUCCCUCCAGCUCUCAAGAACUUCCCCAAAAUUCAAACUUCAUUACAGGAGCUCUGAAAAUAAUUUCCAGGCGUAGAAGCUGCUGAAUCUUUGGAUUUUAUCGUUGAUUUUCUCCUCCGGUGGCAGAGACUUCAUGCUAGUUCGCUUAGAAAUUAUAGAGCAAGUUUAGUUGUAUCAGCUUCUUGUCUGAUUCUUUCACAUUCUUUCAGUCACCUUUUCUCCCUUCUUGUCUGCUUAUCUUCUAAGUUACUUCCCUUCUGUCCUAUUUACUGUAUUCUCCUCCCCUCAAGUUUACUCCUUCUCUCCUUUCCUGAAUUGCUCUCUUCUUGUUCAAAUCACUUCUCUUUCCCCACUUCCUUCUUACCUGUGAGGUUGGUCACAAUGCUCGCUCGUUGUUGCCUUGUCGUCCUGCUCUCGGCGGCCACGCCCCUGCUGGUGGCUAUGGAGACCUGCCAGGCAGCAGCGAUGCAUGGGAUGCCAGGUAUUCCGGGGCUACCUGGCAGAGACGGCCGUGACGGAGAUAAAGGAGACAAAGGAGAGACAGGAGCGGUUCUGCACGGCGGCCUCGCCCCUCAAAAGGGGGAGAAGGGGGAUACGGGGCAGACGGGGUUUCCCGGCAAACGAGGACAGAGCGGAGAUCCGGGGGAACCCGGGGUGCCGGGGGUCGGGGGCCGUCCGGGGGAACCAGGAGAACCGGGGGUUGUUGGGGUCCAGCAUCAGGCGGCCUUCAGUGUGGCCCGAGGAACCAACGAAUACCCGGAGAAAAGCAGCGUCAUUCGCUUCACCAAAGUCAUCACCAACAUCAACGACGACUACAACACAUUAACGGGGCAUUUCUUGUGUCGGGUCCCCGGGACGUACUACUUUGUGUACCACGCGUCUCUGGAGGACCGGCUGUGUGUGCUGAUGAUGCUCGACCAGACGCUGCUGGCAUCUUUCUGCGAUCAUCGCCGUGUCAGGAGACAGGUGACUUCUGGCAGCCUGGCAGUCUACCUGUCUCAGGGUCAGGAGGUUUGGCUGGAGACCAAAGACUACAGAGGGAUGAGGGGAAAACCCCAAGGUUUCAGCAUCUUCUCCGGCUUCCUGCUGCAUGCUCAUUGACACCACACAGCUUUCUUAUAACAGCAACAAGUCUGAAUUUAUGCACCCUACCCUUACUUCCCAACAAGGAUGAAACCUCAUUUUCAAAUGACUUACACAUUACACAUUUUAUUUUCCUUUGUAUCCAGGUAAUGUUACAUAGUAAUCUAUUGCUGCAACAAAGCCAGAACGAUCACAGGGACAAAUAACUCGAUGUUUCUGUGCGUUUGUUUACAAGAGUAUAAACAGUAAUCCGAUCAUUUGAACCAAAUAAAGACAAAUAAAAACAUAAAAACCUC